AUGAUAGAGUAUGCGGUUGCGCAGCCAGCCAACGACGCGAUUGAAGUUGCACGCACUCUAGCCGUUAAGGGAGAGCGCGUGGAGGCCGUCUACGCCGCCCAUGAACGUCUGGAGGAGGAUUUGGCGAACCUGCCGGUGAGGAUAUCUGAGGCAAGCAAGCCGACGUCCUCUUGCUUGGAUCCGUGGGAAGGCGUCUCAGCGACACUGGGGUCUCUGUGCCAUGAGGUGGAACUCUGUUUGCAGCUAUUUAGCAUGGGUGUUAAGACCCAGCGAUAUAAAGCCCUGCGGACGGUUACGUCUCUCUACGACCAACAGAAGUCUUCCGCUGACCGUUUACGCGGUUUUUUUCUCAUUAUACAUGCAUCCUUUACGGCCGAUGCCAUUGUGGCCCCAAUGCCUGCUGUAAUUCUGCGGAAAUUUGCACAGGCGAUUCGCCCUUUUGACGCGAGCCAGGCCGCGGAGUGGUUGAGCACCGGAGUCGACAGCAUGCUCGAUGCGGGACGCUUCUCACAAGUGGAUGCCUCUUCUCCAUCGUCCGCAAAACUUGCUUUCAUCUCGGUGUUUGCGGGAAGCAGGGCAGCGACGGUGCAGGUCAAGGCAAAGGGCGCAGUGACGUCUCUCAUGGUGUCCAUGUUGACUCUUUUGGUGAAGUGCAGGGCGGAGGCGGGGGAGGCAACGAUGGAGGUGCACGCGCGCGAGAGUGGGCUACGUGAGUUUCUCGAUGACGACGUCCUGAGGUCUUUGAUGCAGUUUGAAAGCGUCUGCGCCACAACGAUGCAGAAAAAGAAGCAGCGGAUUCAGGCGAGGAGAGACCGAAGAAGCACCGCUAAGCAUGCGACACCUGCCACCAAAGCGGAGCGGGUUGACACAAAGGACAUGCUGGCAACCGCGGCUAGCUACGCCACAGCUCACCUGCAGCGGCUGCGCCGGGACCUGGAGCAAGGUUGGGACCCGGCAUGGAGGCAACGCCCUGCACGAACCGCAAUGGUUGUCGCUGGAGUGAUUGUUCUCCUCCUUCUGGCACGCUUCUUGGCUUUCCUCGUGGUUCGUGGAUUGCGAAGCCUGAAACGUGUAUCGCACGGGGCCAAAAAAGCUCUUACUCUGUGA